GAAGGAGGGACCACAGAAAAGAAUAAAUAAUGGUCACAAAGCAGGCAUGUGUCAAGAUCUGAUGAGUCAGAAGACCAGAGAUUAAAAGGCUAGUCCUGAUCUGAGGGCUGAGGAGACCAGCAUCCAGACCCUCUCAUCUGAUUUUUAACAGCCCUGCUCAGGGUCACUCUACAUCAUACCUGCUUCCACUGUGAUCUGUUUGCUGUCUUGACCAUGCCUGGAUGGAACUGCCUGGUGACAGGAGCAGGAGGGUUUGUGGGCCAGAGGAUCAUCAGUAUGUUGGUGCAAGAGAAAGAACUGCAGGAGGUCAGGGCUCUGGACAAAGUCUUCAGACCAGAAACCAAGGAGGAAUUCUCUAAGCUACAGACAAAGGUCAAGGUCACACUGCUGGAAGGAGACAUUCUUGAUGCCCAGUACCUGAGGAGAGCCUGCCAGGGCAUCUCUGUUGUCAUUCACACUGCUGCUGUCAUUGAUGUCUCAGGUGUUGUGCCCAAGCAGACCAUCAUAGAUGUCAAUCUGAAAGGUACCCAGAACUUAUUGGAGGCCUGUGUCCAAGCCAGUGUGCCAGCCUUCAUCUUCUGCAGCUCAGUUGAUGUUGCAGGGCCCAACUCCUACAAAAAGAUUGUCCUGAAUGGCCAUGAGGAAGAGCAUCAUGAAAGCACAUGGCCUGAUCCAUACCCAUACAGCAAAAAGAUGGCCGAGAAGGCAGUACUGGCAGCCAAUGGGAGCAUCCUGAAAAAUGGUGGCACUUUGCAUACUUGUGCCUUAAGACCCAUGUACAUUUAUGGGGAGAGAAGUCCAAUCAUAUCAAACAUAAUAAUUACAGCUCUCAAAAAUAAGGGUAUUCUGAGUGUUACUGGCAAAUUCUCCAUAGCCAACCCAGUGUAUGUGGGCAAUGUGGCCUGGGCACACAUUCUGGCAGCCAGGGGCUUUCGAGACCCCAAGAAGUCACCAAGCAUCCAAGGACAGUUCUACUAUGUCUCAGAUGACACCCCUCACCAAAGCUAUGAUGAUUUAAAUUGCACCCUGAGCAAAGAGUGGGGCUUCCACCUUGAUUCCAGUUGGAGCCUUCCUCUGCCCCUGCUCUACUGGCUUGCCUUCCUGCUGGAAACUGUGAGCUUCCUGCUGAGUCCAAUCUACAGGUAUCGACCUCUCUUUAACCGCCACUUGGUCACACUAGCAAAUAGUACGUUCACUUUCUCCUACAAGAAAGCUCAGCGAGAUCUGGGCUAUGAGCCACUUGUCAGCUGGGAGGAAGCCAAGCAGAAAACCUCGGAGUGGAUCGGGACACUAGUGAAGCAGCACAGGGAGACACUGGACACAAAGUCUCAGUGAUGGGAAUAGGGUGUGGACAAGGCUUACCAGGUCCUCCAGCUAGGAAAAAGGCACAAGCCAGGUUCUGCUGCCUUCUUUUGGUGCAGUGAAAAACUUGGUGUGUUUCUCAAGCCACCAGAAGCCUUGCCAGUCACUAACCCAACCAAAAGCUUUCAUCCCUAUGCUGCUGUCCAGAGACACACAGGUAGCUGAACCUCAGUUGCUGUGACCAAAGGCUUCAGCAAUUACAAUGUCCUGUCACUUAGAUCUUAGUAUUGGUUUUCUUUUCCCCUUCAAGUCUUAAAGCACAUCCUUCCUUUGGUAAAAUCCUAUUGAUUUAUGAAUCAAGACAAAAACAGCAAUAAAUAUUGCAAUGCCUUACCUGGACUCAGCAU